AGAGCACAACUAUGCCAGUGUUGUCGUUGCAUAACACAUAUACUUUACCAUCUGGAUCAGCUAGCUACACUCUGGGUCUUAGUGGUGCUCCAAAUGUGGCGUCAUAUUCAUAUCGAACGUCAGUAGGUGCAGCAACAGACCGUAUUUUGACAUCAACUGGAAUCCCGAAUAUAUGCAAUGCAAGUGCGAUAGCAGGUUUAUCGGCUUCAACGUCUAAUCCAUUUGCCUAUUCUACAUACACAAAUCCAUUAUUAACGGCUGGCUCCGUCGCAACCAAUAUGAGAAAACCCUACGAUGACUUAGACUUAAUCGUUGGUGGCCGAUACGGACCGAGGCCAAUGACGCCUACAUCUCCAAUAACAGCAGGAAAUUGGGGUCUUGACAACUACAGUAAUCUAGAUGGAGUUAAUCCAACGUUUAUUCACGUUCAACAACCACAUACACGUUUAGGCGCAUUAGAUUUAGAAU